GAAAUGUCCCUUCCCUCCUUGUUCAGACAACAGUACAGGAGGAUGGGAUACAUCUCCAAACGUGCUCUGGACAAUCUCGUCCCCAACAAGCUCCAAGAAAUUCGGUCACACUGCUUCCACAACCAAUAUGACCAAGUCAACAACCCGAAUGGCAUCGUCGCUCUGGCCAUCGCCGAGAACAAGUUGAUGCGCGAUGAGAUUUGCCAACACAUCAACAAACAUAUGAACAUCAACCCAUGGCAUCUGACUUACGGUCAAGGUCCCAACGGCGACCCAGCGUUACGCCGAGCUCUCGUUAGCUUCGUCCAGGAGGUCUUCAAGCCGUCGACGGAAAUCACCGAGAACCACAUUUGCAUAUGCAAUGGAGCAGGCAGCGCCGUCGACAAUCUAUCCUUCUGCAUGGGCGAACCAGGCGACGGUAUCCUCGUCGGUCGACCACUGUAUGUAGGUUUCUUUCCAGACAUAGAAGCACGGGCGAAAAUAAAACCCGUCCUCGUUCCCUUCGGCGAUGUGAAUCCGACAUCCGCAGCCGCCGUCGCCGCCUAUGAAAAUACUCUACACCGCGCCAACGCGUCCGGCACUACCAUUCGAGCGAUCCUGAUCUCCAGUCCACAUAAUCCGCUCGGCCGCCCCUAUGACAACGACUUCCUUAUCGGCAUAUUGAAGCUCUGCUCAAAGUACAACAUCCACCUCAUAUCCGACGAAGUCUACGCCAAAUCGCACUUUCCCAGCAAGGAUAUCCCGAGCCCGGCACCGUUUGUGUCAGUUCUUUCGUUUCCACUCGAACAAUACAUCGACCCGUCUCUCGUCCACGUCAUUUACGCCAUGAGCAAGGACUUUUGCGCCAAUGGAACCAGAAUAGGUGCCCUGAUCUCGCCCUUCAACCCGCAAUUGAUGAGAUCAUUCCGCUCCGUAGCCAGCUUCACACGAGCAUCUCAGCUCGCUGAGCACGCAUGGUUGAAUCUGCUUACCGACAAGGCGUGGUUGGACUGGUAUUUCCCAUUGUUCCAGUCCCGUAUGACCGAUUCGUACGAGUACACGGCGUCAUUUCUCAGGGACCAUAACAUCCCGUACAACCCAGCAAGCGUGACGAGUUUCAUCUGGCUUGACCUAUCGCGGUGGAUUAAGGAAGAUAGCCAGGAUGCUGAGCUGGAGUUAAAUUGGCGUAUGGCUAAGGGAGGUGUCUGGUUAGCUAUGGGCGCGAGUUUUGGGAGCGAGAAAAACGGUAAUUUUAGGUUGACCUUUGCAUCGCCCAGGGAAGAGCUGAAGUUGGGUUUGGAGAGGUUGAUAACAGUUCUCAACGAGCUAGAAAUGGAUGGUGUGACUGUGCGGCGAUCAUAACAACUCGAAACAUCAUCCGAACGAGACGAGCUCCAUGGAAACCUGCUGUAGGAAGGGCAAUCGAUCUGACAUCUGGAUAUCGAAUGGAAUAUGAAGGCGAGUUGUCAAUUGGGACCAAGGACCAGGGGAUGAUGAACAACGUCAGACUUCGGCUCAGGCAAUGUGCAGGAAAACAGACUUUCAGGGAACGUGGGCAGUGAUGCGGUAACAAUCCUUCCAGCAUGUAAGUGGAGGAUUGUGAGGCUUUUGGCAAUCGUAGAUGUCGUCGAUGUGCUUGAUGUCCGGACCAAAGAGACAAAGUCACGUGCCGUCUCAGCAAGUUUGUAACCUGAAAGAAACUCUUCUAACUUACUUUAUUAGCCAUCUGCGAGCAUCAUACAGAGUACGGAGAGCUCGAUCCAAAAAUCCGAACAAGACCAUCAGAUGUCAUCUCAAAGGAGCAGCGACAGGUGAAACAUCGAGGUAUCGUGGUUGAAGGGCCAUCGAAACCCGGCCUCUUUCUUUCCAUCAUCCUUAUUCUGGGCUUUCGAGGACUGUCGAGCAUGUGGUGAGAGAUAGAGACGCGAUGGUUGUGCUUGAUGUACGGAG